AUGAACAGAGUAAGGUUUCCAAUGCAGGCGUGUAAACAAAGGGUCCGGACUUGCAGAGCUACAGGACAGUGCAUAGGACAAUUAAAAGCAGCUCAGACAAUUGUUAGUGUGCUUGUAUUUUACCAUGCUCUUAGAGUACCACACUUAUGGCAUAACCAUAAGAGAGCGUUUUGGUUUACUGAGGAGGCUGGUCAGGAAGGUCCUGUGUUUGGUAGUUCAGAUUAUUGGAAAGGACUUGGUAUUUUUUUUGAUUCAUUUGACAAUGAUGGCCAACAGAACAACCCUUACAUUCUUGUUAUGACAAACAAUGGAACUGUCUCAUAUGAUCAUUCAACUGAUGGAGCAGGACAACAGCUGGGAGGUUGCUUAAGAGAUUUUCGCAAUCGCCCUAAUCCUGUCAAAGUCAAGAUUCAAUAUGUGAAGAAUAGAUUGAGUGUAUUCUUCAACAGUGGAGUGGUUCCUUCUGAUGACGGAUAUGACUUAUGUUUGGAGAAGGAAAAUGUAUUCUUGCCUGACAGAGGAUACUUUGGUUUGUCAGCAGCCACAGGAGGUCUAGCAGGAAUGUAUGGUAUGCAAACGAGUGACCAAUUCUUUGUGUCGCACGUGGCAACAAAAGACAAUGGGCGGGCAAUCAGUCGGCGCUGUUCAACUUGA